UCGGUCGGUAGUUGUUGGUUGGUAGUUCAGUCUGUGGUUCAGCUUGUUUGUUGCUCAGACUGAAAACAUUUCCUGUAGGUGUUUUGUUUUGGAAAACAUCAUGUUGUGUUUAUUGCUGAGACUCUCUGGUCACAUGCUGGCUGUUUGUCCCAGUCCGCCCCAACCUGUCCGUCUCCACGGCGACACAUGGUGGGGGUGGGGGGUUCUGUGAAAAUGUCCAGGCAGGAAUGCGCUCUGCUGGAUCGGGUGUCUGUCUGGAGGCUCAUAUAAAGGCCGGCCGGCCACCGGACCAGAAUAGACCCGGAGUGCAGUAGCAGCAGAACAGCGUGUCGUCUCUCCCAGAACCAGAACCAAGGACAUGGACCUCCAGAGGACGGGCUCGGUGGUGCGGCCGCCCAGCCCCAUGGACAGCCUAGAGAAGCAGCUGAGCUGCCCCAUCUGCCUGGACAUGUUCACCAAGCCGGUGGUCAUCCUGCCCUGCCAGCACAACCUGUGCCGCGGCUGCGCCAGCGACCUCUACGACUCCCGCAACCCCUAUCGCUUCUCCGGCGGCGUCUUCCGCUGCCCCACCUGCCGCUUCGAGGUGGUGCUGGAUCGCCACGGGGUGCACGGCCUACAGCGCAACCUGCUGGUGGAGAACAUCAUCGACAUCUACAAGCAGCAGCAGGAGGGGAAGAGCGAGGGCGAGCCGCUGAAGGCGCAGGAGGCCAAGGAGCCGCUCUGCCCGGAGCACGAGGACGAGCGCAUCAACAUCUACUGCGUCAGCUGCCAGCGCCCCACCUGCUCCAUGUGCAAGGUGUUCGGCCAGCACAAGGACUGCGAGGUGGCGCCGCUGGCCACCGUCUACCAGAGCCAGAAGGCUGAGCUCAGCAACGCCAUCGAUGCGCUGGUGGCCAGCAACGGCCGGCUGCAGGCGCUGCUGCACCAGAUGGAGGACGCCGGGCGCGCCGUGCAGGAGAACGCGCAGCGCGCCAAGCAGGGCCUGGCGGAGCGCUUCGACCUGCUGUACGCCGUGCUGGAGGAGCGCAAGGCGGUGCUGCUGGAGCAGCUGGGCCGCGAGCAGGACGACAAGGUGGCGGCGCUACGGGCGCUGGCCCAGCGCUACGGCGAGCGGCUGCAGGCCAGCUCCGAGCUGACGGACACGGCGGUGCGCGCCCUGGAGCAGAGCGGCGCCGCCGAGUUCCUGCUGGCCUCCAAGGGCCUGAUCGGCCAGACCCGGGACGCCGCCAAGGCUUCGCUGGGCGAAGAGCGGCCAGAACCCGGCUUUGAGAAGAUGGACCACUUCACCCUCAACACGGAGCCGGUGGAGGCUGUGCUGGCCAAGAUGGACUUUGGAACCGGGAAUGAUGAGGAGUACGAGGACGCAGAGGAGGAAGAGGAGGAAGAAUAGGACAAGGGACGGAGGAGGACGGAGGAGGACGGAGGCGUCCAUCGGGACUGAGACACAGACUCUGAUUUCUUUACGUCUUUUUAUACUUUUGUAUUGAAGGUUAGAAAUGUCUGUAGCUUCUGGUUGUUGAUGCGCUGCUGGAAUCCCAGUCAGUCUGUACUGGAAAUAAAGCUGUGUGAAGUUGA